AUGAGCAACACGAAACGGAAAAGUCGUCGCAACGGUGGCACCAACAUCGACAAGCGCGACUUUGAUGCUAACCGCUCUUUACUCGGUCGUGUCGCCCACAGUGAGGAUAUCGAAUAUGAUAGGCGUACUGGCGUGCCAGGUCGCAGUUCAACCGACUCAGAUGGCUUGCUGUCUGACGUGGUGAGCGAGAUUGUGGAUAGGGACCGCGAGAUGCUGAAGAGGGAGAUGGUGAGAGUAGGGAGUUUUAUCUGGGGAGUCUUAACUGCCUCUUGUGCAGGAAGCAUCACUGGGUUCUCCAUCUACGGCCCUCUCCUUCUUUCUCGUCUCCACUACUCGCAAUUCCGCGUUAACACCGUGGCCGUGGCUGCAGAAAUGACCAUGUAUCUCCCAGUACCUCUCUUCGGCUACCUCUGCGAUAGAUACUCCCCUGGCCCGGUUGCAUUGCUAUCGGCUUUCCUUUUUGGCCCCGGGUAUUUGCUAGCUGCCUUGACGUUCAGAUCUGGCCCACCACCAGACGCAGGGGGGUCAGGGUGGCCGUACUGGGUGAUGAUUCUUGCAUUCCUUGGUGUCGGUGCAGGCACGGCAUCCAUGUACUUGGCAGCUGUGAGUACAUGUGCGAAGAAUUUUGCCCAAAGUAAGCAUAAGGGACUCAUGCUGGCGAUGCCAAUUGCGGCAUUUGGCCUGAGCGGAAUGUGGCAAAGCCAGGUUGGAAGGCAUCUCCUCUGUGAAUGGGGCCCAAACGGCGAAAAGGGAGAUGUGGAUGUGUUCAAGUACUUCUUGUUCUUAGCGAUUCUGUUAUUUAGCGUUGGACUUGUUGGGUCAUUUGCCCUACGCCUCGUGGAUGAGGAGAAGUUGAUCGAUGAAGCCGUGGAAGAACUCGAGAGAAGCGGAUACCUCGAUGAAAGUUCCUUUUUCCGUCCGAGAGAAGAGGUCAACGCUGAAUAUGGAACGUUCGGGGCGGAAAAUAAUGGAACAGUCGGCAUCGACGAUGGCGAUGGUGACUCGGUUACGUCUUCGCAGGAAGAGAAGCAGAAAAAAACAUGGUUACUCAACCAGGAAACGAAACUAUUCCUGCGGGAUCGAACAAUGUGGUGGCUUGCGGCAGGCUUUUUUCUAGCGUCCGGUCCUGGAGAAGCAUAUAUCAACAACGUCGGAACAGUCAUCCACACUCUAACGCCCUCGUCCUAUCCUCCCAACUUGCCUCCCCCAGCUGGCCACCCAUCGCUUCACGUUACUAUCAUCGCUCUUACCUCCACUGCUGCCCGCCUUUUAACCGGCUCGUUAUCUGAUGCGUUUGCCCCAACCUCACGGACACGAUAUCAGUCGCAAGAAGAAUAUAGCCCGGUUAGGUCUAAACGCCGCCUCACUCUAUCCCGUCUUGCCUUUCUUAUCCCUUCCGCUCUCCUACUCUCUCUUGGCUACCUCUACCUAUCCACUCCAUUUCCCCUCCAACAUCCAUCCUCCUUCGUCACCACUACAACCCUAGUUGGGUUUGGUUACGGCGCGAUUUUCUCUCUUGUCCCGAUUAUCAUAUCCGUUGUAUGGGGCGUCGAGAAUUUCGGCACAAACUGGGGAAUCGUGGCAAUGGUUCCAGCUCUAGGGGCCACGCUGUGGGGCAUGGUGUAUUCUGCGGGCUACGAGGCUGCGAUCGAGCUUAAGUUGGGUGAUACCGGUAGAUUGAUAGACUAUUUUUGGAAAUUAUUAACCAGCCACCUUGUUCCCACGGCCCACGGGCCACCUGCAAGGACUUCUACAUAUGACUACAUUCCCAGUGCCCUUGUGCAUGAGGCUAAAGCUCUACAACCUGCAAUGGCCGAAGUUAUCAGCCUCCUUUCGUCGCCAGAAACCUGCCGACCGCAUAGAUCGAGGAAAUCGUCUACUAGCAAACAUGGCCUAGUGAGACUUAGCAACGACCUCCUUUCCGACAUUUUGGAUGACUCGUUGUUAGAGCUUGAAGAGAUUGCACAGCCGCCAAAACGACGGAAAUUGGAUACUGCAUUGGAUAUACCCUCUUCCCAGAACCGCUUAGCCACCCAUACCGUUCUAUCUUCGUUCAUUUCUAAUGACAGCUUUGAAAGAAGUGGAAGCUAUGAAAUUAGGAAAAGCACAUUGCAGCGUUUUGAGUCGUGGAAUGACGAAAUAUCGGACCCUGUGCUCUCCUCGCCACGUCGCAUCAAUACUUCUUAUCAUGAAAUCUCUAAGAGGUCUACAAAUGUGAUAAAGAUAGAUGAUAGCUUUGAUGACAUAGUGGAGGAUGACUUGCUGGGGGAUCCGUUCCAGUUUUCGCCGCCGCCCGCGUCUCAGUCGGCUUUCUCAGAUCGUACCUCCGGUCUUCUAGCGAAACUCCGAGAUCAACCAGCACGGGGGUCGAAGAAAGGCCGAAAGGCUACAGCUAGCGUACAAUCGUCUGACGAGGACAUUCCUCUCCCUAGACCGAAUCGAACGAAACCAAAACGCGCUACCCAAAAAACUGAUUCCGACAAGGCUUCCAGCGCCCUUGAGAAAGAGGCGGCGAAGCUACGGCGCCAAAAAGAAAAAGAGGAAGAAAAAGAACGUAAACGCAAAUUAAAAGAGGAGAAAGAGAAAGCUAAAAAGCUUGCAUCUGAUAUCGCACAGGCAAACAAACUAAAAAUCAAUAAGAAAGAGAGCACCCCAGAAAUGUUGAUUGACCUGUCGUCGACCUUCCAGGGUUCUAGUAUAGGAACCCAAGUGAAUGAGUAUAUGCGCCAUCUUGAAGUUCAAACGAACUUCAUUGCAACGGAGAUUCCGAAUAUAGUAUCCUGGCGGCGCAAAGUUACGGCCAUUUACAAUGAUGAAGCAGGGCAUUGGGAACCGUGCCCGUUACGCAUCGAAAAGGAAGGACAUGUUUUAUGUUUUUUAACAGCACAGAAUUUCGUGGAUCUUGUAGCAUCCUCGGGUGCCAGCCAGACCGUUGAGUCGCAUUUUCAAAAUGUUAUCAGACACUAUCCGGGAUGCAAAAUAAUCUAUCUCAUUGAAGGCCUCUUCGCAUACAUGCGCAAAAAUCAAAAUAUUCGAAACAGAGCGUAUCAAGCCGCUGUUUUACGACAAAUCGGUGAUUCCCACGACGCCACAACAGAGCAGCGUUCAUCAAGCAGGAGGUCGGCAAAAACCCCAGCGCCAUCUGCUAUCGAUGAUGAUCGUGUUGAAGAUGCGCUACUUCAGCUACAAAUACAACAUCACUGCUUGAUAUAUCAGACGGCCACGGCGGCGGAAACCGCUGAAUGGAUCAAGAACUUUACGGAGCACAUCUCCACUAUCCCUUACCGGCGCGAACGAAUCAGCAUGCAAAACGCCGCGUUUUGUAUGGAUACCGGGCAGGUGAAAACUGGCACUGACGCUGACGAUACUUAUAUUAAAAUGCUGGAGGAGAUCCAACGUAUAACGGCGCCUAUCGCGUACGGGGUUGCGAUGAAAUACAGCAACGUCAGAGAAUUAGUGAAUGGCAUGAAAGCGCAUGGACCAUUAAGUCUACAAGAUGUAAAGAAAUGUGCCAAUAAGUCUGGUGCUUUGACGGAAGCUCGAAUCGGCCCUGCAGUUAGUAAGCGAUUGCAUAAGAUUUUUACGAGCGUGGAUCCCUGUUCAGCCGAUAUCUGA